GUUUGUGUUGCAUUGCCCCAGUGUUGGCAGCUAAAUUAGUUCCCGGAUGUGUAGUAACAGUUGGACAAGAUAAAGAAGAUGGAGGCCGCUACCCCUACGCAGGCACUGCUGGAGCGAUUGAACAGAUGGGGGCGAAACAUGUAAAUAAGAAUGUGUCUGAGAUCCACGUAGAUGAGGCUAAUAAAGUGGUCACCACGCCAGCGUUCAUGUGUGAGACUAAAGUGCAUGAAAUCCAUGAUGGAGUAGGGGCAAUGGUUCGAGCCGUUCUUGACCUUUCAAAGAAAUAAAAAACAAUAAUGCAUUGAGGCGCUAUUGAAAAUUUAGAAUUUCUCAAUCACUUCUGAUGUACUCCUGUGUGUGAUAUAUUUUGCUUAGCAAUUAUGCGUAGGAGUUGCAUGUGGUGGUAAAACGUUUUUUUUUUCAUGAGCGUAGAUAUGCUGCUAUUUUUGGGGGCUUGGUGUUCAGUAGAGUGUGUUGCAGUAGAGUGUGUUUCAUAAUAGGGUCCGACCAGUGCCAUAAUACCUCUGAGCUGUCACUGACUAAUGCCAGAGCCCCCGGAUUUUAAGAGAGGCCCAGGAUAUCCAUCAGCAUGUUUUCCCCAAACUGCAGAACGUGUAAAAAAACACCUAAAAAAUACGCACAUAAAACACAGACUCAGGCAGUGCUUUUUCCCCCAGGGUAGUAGAGCCCAAAGAAGCCUUAGCCAGAAGACUCAGGCCUGUUUGUUAUGCCAUUGAGUUCUGAUUCUGAUGUGGCUCCUGUUAAGGUGUUGCUCAUAAUGCAUCAUUACACCCCAAUCCUUGGAUAUUGUUGCUAACGUCUCUGAAAAUUACAAAUUUGCGUUUGUGGGACAACUUGUGUGCUUGAGACUCCUGGUCCAGUUCUGAUUGGUCAGUUGUUAAUUUUGAUCCAUAUAGCACAACUUCUAAUUAUGCAUGUGACCUUGCUAUGAUGUAGUUCCUAAUAAUCAUGUUGACUUCUAAUUGGUUGCUGUCCCUUGAUAGCACUAGGGUGUAAUGUGCUCAUUAUACAUACAGAUGUCUUUAGUUUAUUACUUGAUUAAAUGGUUUACUUGAUAAUGUAUAAAGUAGCUAAUAAUGUGUGUUUUAUUGUUUUAUAUUACAUUAAUGGAGUCAUAAAAUGGCUAACAUUUUAAAGUCAUGUUUUUAAAACAGCAUUGUGUGUUUUUUUUUUUUGUAUUGAUUUGUUUCUUUUUAUAAUAUUUUCUGAGGGUGAUCUUAUCCAGCAAAGGUGAUCAAUAGAAUCAUCCUAAUUGCUCUAUAACUCUAUUGCUCUGUAGUUUUGAAUGAAUUAAUUGUUGUAGGAAUCAGUGGCAGGUCCAGGGCUGGCAAACAAUCUUCCCUAUCACCCCCACCCGCCUUCUACUUCCAGGCCAGUAGUGGCGCCAGCGGGUUUGGGGCAGGGAGGAUCCCCCUCCUUUGAGCCACUUUUGUCCCGAUGCCACGAUGAGGUCGUCGGACCAAAAGUAAUAUAUAUGGGCCAUAGCCAUAAAAACUCUCCCGUGAGCGAUACCAUGGAGUUUUAUUCCGAGACCAGGACCGUGGUUCUGGUCGGCUCUGACACUUCCCCCCCCCCCCAUGUCGGACAUUUUGAACUCCCUGUCGGCAAUAUUUUUGGAGCCACCGCUGUUCAAGGCAGCAGCAUGAAAAUAAUAUUCAACACUGAAUAGUUAAAGUGUAUAUGCCUACCAAUGGCAAUAACAUUGUACCACGAUCUAUUAUUGUUAAUAAUAUUUCGGAGAACCUAA